CAUUGGCGAAACUUAUUAAAAAUGUGUGCGACAGACUGUAACGGAUAUAAUUAUAGUAUGAUGACAGUAAUUUGACUGAACAAGAAGAUAAAAUGAUAAGAGAACCGUUCGUGAAUCACCGCAAACACCCCAGGAUUGAAAAUGGUUAUGGUUGUCCUUGUCGUAGCUACAAUAGUCCCCACUAAUUGUACAUUUAAGAAAUGGAAAAAAUUCUACAGCAACUUCGAACCGUUUUUCGACUACUUCAAGAAAAAGCCGCGGCACCACGGAAAAGUCUACCACAAAGAAGUGAUCCACCACAAACAGAUUCCUAUCAUAAUUCCCGUAGGUCUGGGGCCUCACUUUGGAUAUGGCGGUCAGCACGGACCUGACUAUGGACAUGGAGGAUACGUAGGAGGGGGACAUGGGCACGGAGGACCUAUUCUAAUUGUUGGUCAUGGACAUGGAGGGAUUGACCAAGGACAUGGAGGGAUUGGCCACGGAUUUGGAGGACAUGGAGUAUUUGAAGGAGGCGAUGGCUUAGGAGAACAUUACGAUUUUGAGGAGCAUGAGGGAUUUGGUCAAGAGGUUGGACAUCACGGUUUUGGGCUGGAGGAGCAGCAAGGUCAAUUUUAUGUGAGCCAAGGUUUCGAUCACCUUGGAUACGGGCAUGGUCAUGAGUGAACUGAAGACACCGUCAGGUGUCUAAAUAUGACUAGGACUGUAUAUGAACCGUCAGGUGUUUUACUGAUGAAUAAGCUGUCUGUUGAACCUUUGAACACUGGUUUCAUAGUCCUAAAUGUGCAACUUCUGAAUCACCUUUCUGUUUUGGA